CAGACAAAUGAACACUUUUUUGUAACCAUUCUCGUGUAUAGUAUUUUUAUAUAUGUAAAAAGGCUAUAGCGCUAUAUACUACCAUACUGUUGAGUUUGCGUGUUUGUCGGGCGUCUUCUCACCUGCGUGUGUGAACUAGGAGCGAGAAGCAUAUUAAUCUAAUAACCUUUGAAGCUUUUCUAUAGCUGACGACAUGCCUCCUCACAGUAGAACCAAGGUGGUCAGUGACUCAGAUCCCGAGCUUAGUGAUCUGAAGAUGAAGCACUUCACGCGAGAAGAGAUCCUCAACCACACCAAUGACAAGUACUGCAUCUUGGAGGAUGGUGUGUAUGAUCUCACGAACUUCAGGGAUAAGCAUCCUGGUGGCGAUGUUCUGGACUUCUUUCCCGGACAGGAUGCCACACCUCACUUCUACAUGCUGCACCAAUACGAAUCGCUACCGUCUGUUCUGGCCGAGUACAAGGUGGGCAGUGUAGCCAGAGAUGACAGCUAUGUGUACCACACACCGCUGAUGAAGCAGAUCAAGUCUGCAGUGCGCAAGGUCAUGCCCAUGCAAGAAUGGUGGGCGCCCCCGUCGUGGUACAUCAAAGCCUGUGCUAUUCUAGCAGCAACCCUCUACACGGACUACUUGUGGAUUGCGUCUGGGCCCACCAUUCCGUUGGCGAUCGUUUCCGGUCUGCUGUACGCCGCAAUUGGCUUAAACAUUCAGCACGAUGCCAACCACGGGUCCGUGAGCAGGAAUCCCAUGGUUAAUCGAUUAUUCGGUUACUCUCAGGAUUGGAUCGGGGGAUCGCGUAUGCUGUGGAUCCGCCAGCAUGUUGUUGGUCACCAUACACACUGCAAUAGGCAUCAGCAUGACCCAGAUGUAAAGGGCGGCUCAGUCAUCACUCUGUCGCGGUAUUCUCUGCCCAAGGAAUUCCACCACAUCCAGCAGUACUACUUCCUGCCGUUGAUCCAACUGCUCGGAUUCCAAUGGGUGUUCCUGGGGUUGCACGACCUGAUUGAGAUGAAGUACAAGGGAGAAAAGCUGCCGGAGAGCUACCGAAAGGAGCGAAACAUCGCUAUCGGCCUUCGUGUUUUUUUUUCAUCCGUAAAUUCGUUGUACCGUUUGCCCUGCAUUUCUCGUGGUACACGCUCCUCUGCACCUACCUGUGGAUGGCCAUUGCUGCUCUGUACCUGGGCUUCUUCUUCAUUCUGUCGCACAUCUUCGUGGGGGCUAAGUCGUUGCCGGAGGAUGCCAAGAACAUUGAUUGGGCUAGGCAUCAAAUCGAGUCGUCCUCGAACGUCUGCGGAGAGAAGCUUGGCAUCUCCAACGGCGGCCUGAACUAUCAGAUUGAGCAUCACUUGUUCCCCAGGAUGAGUCAUGCGCACUACAGCAAGAUACAGCCGGUGGUGCAGAAGGUGUGUGAGGAGAACGGGGUGAACUACAAGAAGUUCGGUACCAUCCUCAGCAAUCUGGACUCGACCUUCCGACAGGUGAAGGCGUUGGGAUCGGUUGCGGUGUACAACGAGUUUAUGGAAGGCUUGUGAGCUGUGAGUAGAGUGCAGAGUGGCAACCCCUGAACCCUCUAGCUGGGCGGUCUUGGGUAUUGAUAACAAUACAGCGUAGCUUAAUGUAAGGUUUAGGUUUCAAGAACAACAUAACGUGGUUUAGUGGGCGAAUAAUAAAGUUUUAGUUAAUUAUCGGUACCCC